AUCAGCACUUCCAUCUCCGUCUGUGACACCGAAUAUCACUUUUUUCUCCAACCCUGAUGGAUAUGCUCGAACAGAGUCUGGACAGCGCCAGCCAAGAAAAGCAAGAAGAAGAGGUUGUCCAGACGUCUGAAGACGGAACAGGAGAAGAGCAGACAGCCGUUACAAUAGCCAGUGUUCAGCAGGCUGCAGCGUUUGGUGACCACAACAUACAAUAUCAGUUCCGCACUGAGGGGGGUCAGGUGACGUACCGUGUUGUUCAGGUGACUGACCAGCAGCUUGAAGGGCGAGAGGAUGGGGGAGGAGCAGUGAGUGUCGUCUCUACAGCCGCCUUCACUGGGGCUUCUCAGGCUGUGGCUCAGGCUGUGAUCCAAAACCCUUUCAGUAAUGGAGGAAGCCCCGCCGGAGAGGCGGUGGGAGGGGAGACGCGCUUUGCUUACUUCCCAGCGACUGCGGUGAGCGACGGGACCGUGUCUGUGCAGGCCGCCGCGGACCCCGCACUCACACAGGCCGGGGGUCAGUUCUAUGUGAUGAUGACCCCCCCCGAUGUCAUUCAGACCGGCACACCACGGACCAUCGCUCCUCGCACACAGUCCUACGCUGCAGAUGAAAACGAGCUGCUGCAGCACGAAGGUUUAGACUGGAAAAUGGAUGGACCGCGAACACCGAGAGAUGAAAGGAGAAGAGCGCAGCACAAUGAAGUUGAAAGGCGGAGAAGAGACAAGAUAAACAACUGGAUUGUCACGCUUUCCAAGAUCAUCCCCGACUGCAAUAUUGACAGCACCAAGACUGGAGCAGUAGGCCGCCUCCCUUCCCUUCUGCACCUGCCGCCAACUGUUUCCCUCGUUCAAAUGGUCACCACUCAUCUCUGUCCUUCCCAGAGCAAAGGGGGCAUCCUGUCCAAAGCCUGUGACUACAUCCGCGAUUUGAGGCAGAGCAACGUGCGACUGCAGGAGGGCUUGAAGGAGGUGGAGAGGAUACAAGUGGACAAUGAGUUGUGCAGGCAGCAGAUCGAAGAGCUGAAGAACGAGAACGCUUUGCUCCGAGCGCAACUUCAGCAGCACGGCAUCGAGAUGGUCGGAGAGACGCCGCCGCAGUGAAGCAGAGACACACACACACACACACACACACACCAAAACAACAACAACAGGAACCGGGAGGGGCACCACCACUCAAGACACGCAACCGGCACGUUGGAAGAGGAGGCGAGGCGAUCGACGGGGGAAAGAAAAUGUAAAAGACAAAAAAAAAGAAGUUCUGAAGGACCGCUCUCUUGUGAGUGGCUGCAUCCUCCCCUGAGUUCCCAGGUGGAGAAACCCUUCACGCCCAAUCGCGUGUGGCUGUCCUCGACCGUCCCGUUGAGAUGACCACCUGCUACGACUCAGGAGGAAUGUGCUCCGAGGAACGCCAGAGAACCUCUGCUGAACUCCUCCCUCGCGUCGUACUUAUGUCGCCUCGCUCAUGGACUAUGACGUUCUCGCCGUUUAACUGUUGUUCUUCCCCGUCGGUGUAUUCCUCCCCCCCCCCCCCUCACCCUCACCCCAGAUUACUAAUUUUGAUUUAGUUUGUGCUUUUAUUCUGUUUUGUGUUUUUGAGUUUCGUAUUAAUGUUUGUUUUUAGCUGCUUUAAUUUAUUAGUCCGCUUGCUGGCGAGAAGCCUUGAUGGAGACCAGUUACACAGACGCUCGUGCACCCCCAGAGAAGCAGAUUGCAUUUCUAAGUGAGGAAAACAUCAAAGUGUGCGACACAUUGUUGACGCUACAGAGGGAAUUAAUGUCAACGCGACACACACACACACACACGCGCGCGCGACGGCGGCUCACCUAGAAACCCAAACGAGCUGCGCCGGCCGACGCUUCUCCACCGAUUUAUGUAAAUAAGACUUCUUGUGUUUUUAAUACAGAUCGUACACAACGUCAGAGCAGAUUAUCUCUGGGAGUAAACAAUCAAUAACUCAUUAAGUUCAUGCUGGCCCCUUUGUGAUGGUGAUUACCAUGACGCUCGCGUGUGUGUGUGCACAGAAAGGUGGUAUACUUGAAUCGUUGGGCAUUUACGCAACACUUUUAAAAGAGCCAACUGUUAUAAUUACAUAUUGAACUGUACAAGAGGAUUGUGGACUGGAGGAGGAGGAAGAGGAGGAGGAAGAGGGGGGGGUGCUGUGGUGCAAAUUCCAACUGUUAUCAAACUUUUCUUUUUUUCUCUCCAUAUUUGGUUCGUGUGAUUUGCCGGCGUCUCGAUACGCGUACGAAUAAGCCCCACAUGUUUCACUUCAAGCUGUUUGCUCUGUUUUGGUAUUGCGACGCUUCAGAUGCAGCUCAAUGCACAAGGAGGAGAGGGGGGGGGGGGGCACCACCCCCCCGGAGAGUGGCACUCAAAAGACUCUGCUCACGAUGGAACAGGAGCACACGUGUCGUACUUCUGAGCGGAGCGUAACUCGUUCUCCACGGGAAGAAACAGAAAAGACGGAAUACUUUGAAAGUGGGGAAACUUGGAAUCGAGCUCACGUACGUCUCCAAACAAUACGGCAACGUGCCGUACCAACGGCAACACCCAUAUUAACAUUGUUGAUUUCUUUUGUGAAUGUAUAUACAUGAUGUGUUGUGGGUUUUUUUUUUGCAUUCUUUGCGAGCACGCUGGCUCCGCCCCCCUGUCGACAGCCGAGCAUCACGUUUUAAUACCCCGGAGUGUGCACGCCGCAGGUUCAGCCCUCAUGGACGCUGCGUCUGAUCCAUCAAGCGAGGCGCCUCGCCAAAGUUGAAUGAUGGAUGUUUUGCGGUUGUUUUUUUUUCACGUCGGUGAGAGCGGUGCAGAGAAUGUGAAGACAUGAAUAAUGCUUUGGAAGACGGAUGUUCACAAAUGAGAAGGUCACUCGUGGCUAAUUUUCUUUUCUUUCUUCUCCCUGGUGUUUCUUUUUUGAGAAGGGCAAAAAAAAUGGAGAGAGAGAGAGAAAGUCUUUUCUGUAGCAGCCUCACUUUUCUCAGGUUAGAUUUUAAAGACACCUUUUCUAAGUAAUAUGGUGGGGAAAAAAUAAAACGUUCACAAGCUGAUGACCUUUA